AUGAAAUAUAUUUUGUUAUUGUUGACUAUUGGACUGAUUCAAGUAAAUGCUGUUAAUUGGGCAUUAUUAGUUUCAGGUUCAAAUGCAUUCUACAACUAUCGACAUUAAGCUGAUGUAUGUCAUUCAUACAAAACAUUAAUUAAAAAUGGUUAUUCUCCUGAAAAUGUGAUUGUGUUUGCAUAUGAUGAUAUAGCUUAGAACAGAUAAAACAUAUACAAAGGGGCUAUCUAUAAUUAACCUAAUAAAGAUGGAUUUUCAGACAAUGUUUAUGAUGGUUGUGUUAUAGAUUAUUCAAAGACUGAUGUCAACCCAACAAACUUCCUUAAUGUAUUAAAAGGAAAUUAUGAUCACUUACCUGAUGGUCACAAAUUCAUCAAUUCUACAAGAGAAGACAACAUUUUUAUUUAUUUUUCAGAUCAUGGAUCUCCUGGUUUAAUAGCUUUUCCCACAUCUUACCUUUAUGAAGAUGAAUUAAUGGAAACCUUUUAAUAUAUGUAUGAAAAUAAUAAAUACAAUAAACUUGUAUUCUAUUUGGAAACAUGUGAAUCUGGAUCAAUGUUUGUGAAUCUACCAAAAGAUCAUAGAAUUUAUGCAUUGUCAGCUGCUAAUCCAUAUGAAUCAUCUUGGGGAACAUAUUGUCCACCUGAUGAUAUUGUAAAUGGAAAGAGUCUUGGAACAUGUUUAGGAGAUGAAUUUUCAGUCACUUUCUUAGAAAAUGUUGAUCUUGCUGAUUUUUCAUAAUCACUUUAAGAACAUUUUGAAUUUAUUAGAGAUCAUACAUUGAAAUCAAAUGUUAUGUAGUGGGGAGAUGUCUCAUUUACAAGUGAUACAAUUAAAGAGUUCUUUUGGGGACAUAAAUUCCAAAAUAAUAGAAAGAUGUGCCCAAAAGAUGCCUAUUUCAUGAAUGAUGAAGUAUUUAAAUAUUAUAUAUAAUAUAGAAUGUCUCAAAAUGGGAUUCAAGAGAUAAUAAAUUGUUAUUCUAUUAAAAUAGAUUCAAUUAGACAGGUGAUUUGGAAGACUUUAUUGAAUUAGAGAAAGAAAUCAAAUCAAGAGCAUAUUUUGAUACUAUUGUAAAUAUUAUUGAUUUAUAUAGUUUGGUGAAUUGCAAUAAACAUUAAAAUUGACUGGAGAUUAUCAUUUUGCCUUAAAUUAGAACUGUCUUAAGUCUGUAAUUGGAGUAUUUGAAGAAAAAUGUACCAAAUUAACUGAUUACGGUCUUAAAUAUGUUAAAUUAUUUGGAGAGAUGUGUGAUAGCACAAACUUACUUCAAAUUCAAUUAAAUAUGAUAGUAUCAACUUUAUGUAUGACAGAAUGAUUUAUCUAUAUUAAUAACAAAAUAUUUCCAUAUUUUUAUUAUAACUAAUAUAGAGAAUAUAGACUUUGUGAAUAUUAAAUUAUUAUAAUAAAAAUUAACCUUGCAAUAUGUAUUUCAUAUACUUUAUCUUAGGCAAAGAAUAAAUUAAUAAGGACAAUCUAAGAAUUCUAAUCAGGAAUAAUAGCAUUUGAAUUCUAAUUAGUUAAAUCAAUAGUAAACAUAAACUGGUUAAGUAGUUGGAAUAGUGUAAAAUAAUAUUAAAAGCUUUGAAUAAGAAAUUAGUAAAGAAGAAGUAGAUGAAAGAGAUAUAAUGCAAAGUAGAUAAUUUUCAAUUUUUAGAAAAUCCAACUAAUAGAAACAACCUGCAAUUGUGUAAAUUAUUAUUUAAAAUUUUAGGAGAUAUAAAUCUCAAAUUGUAAAUUCAGAUGAUGAAUCAGAUGAUGAUAAAAAUAAAAUAAAAAAUGACAAAAAGGAUGAAGAUGAAGAUGAUGAGGAAGUAGAAGUAAAGGUAUGGACAGCAAAAAAGGCAACUACGGAUUAACCUAAGUAAGAUUAGAUUUAGUAAAUUCCUAUUAAAAAAGCAGAAGAUAUUGACAAUUUAAAGCCAUUAGAUUUUGAAGAGGUUUUAAAAUAGAGUUAGAUUAAUUUCAGUUUAAAUCGAUAAAACUUUUAAAGGGAUAAGUUAGUUAAUAAGUCUACAUUUGGAGCUGUAUUAAUUACUCAUGUUGAUUCUGAAGAUGAACAAUAAAAUAAAGAGGAACUUGCUGAUGAAGUAUUUUAAGAAAUUGGAACUAUACCUAAUUAAGAAAGUGAAUUAACAGCUGAAAAUAGAAUUAUGAUGAGUGUUAUGCAAACAAAGUUUACUUAAUCUAUAUAAAAAUAAUUGAAAUUGCAAUAGUCUUUAAAUAAUUCAUCCAAAAGUAAUUAAUAAGAUGAUAUAUUCAAAUCAAAAAUUAUUUUUAUAAAUUAGACACCAGUUAUUGUAAGAGAAGAUGAUCUUUAUAUUAGUAAAAUUAGAAAAAUUUAAAAUUACUUUAGAUUUGUUAAACCUUAUAAAAGAAUUAAAAAAUAACAUAGAUAUAGAGUAAAUGUUAUAAAUGAAUUAAUAUAAACAGAAAAGAAAUAUGUUUCUGAUCUUAAUGUUAUCAAAGAGCAUAUUUAAGCACCUCUUUUAAAAUUAUUAGAUAAUCAAGAUCAUGUGAAAUUUAUGUUUAAUUUGGAUAGUAUAUAUUAUUUUAACUUUGAAUUUUUGAAAAUUCUUUAAAACAAAGAGAAAGAUUUUAAAGAGAAACCUUAUGCAAAAAUUAUGGAUGAAAUUACUGUAUUAUUGCCAGGUUUCAAAUUUUAUUAUGAUUAUUGUAAAGAAUUUGAUGCAUCUAAAAAAAUGAGAGAUAACUAUUUUAGCACAAAUUAAAUCUAUAAAAAGUUUUUCAUUGAUCUCUAACAAAAAAAAAUUAAUUAACUUAAAAAUUAAGAUGUGGAAAGCUAUUUGAUUAAACCUGUUUAGAGAUUACCUAAAUAUAUAUUAUUAUAUAAAGAUUUAUUAAAACAUACUAAUAAAGAUCAUCCAGAUUAUUAAAAUAUAGAAAAAUGUUUGAUCAUUUUUGAAGAAAUUAAUGAUAAAAAUAAUAAUGAAAUGAAAAUUUAUUUAGAAUAAUUAAAAUUAAUAGAAUUGUAAAAUUAAUUUAGUCAAUAUGUAAAAAUUGCUGAACCUAAUAGAGUAUAUUGUUUUGAAGAGUUUUGCACUAUUUAUACAGAUAAAAAAGAGAAUAAUAUUAUUUUGUAUGCAUUUAAUAAUCUUUUAUUAUUUGCCUAAAAAAAAUAAAAUGGAUAAUAAAUCUACUCUUUUCAUAUUAAUAUAAGUUAUCAGUCUUAUGUAAAAGAUAAAGAAAAUACAAAUUAUUUUGAACACUUUUUUGAAGUUGUUAAUAAGACUGAAUCUAUUAUUAUUAUUAAUCAAGAUAAGGAAUCAAAAAUAUAAUUAAUGAAUAAAAUUUAAGAUAUAAUAUAAUAGUUAAAACAAAAACAAAUGGAUAUGGAAAUUAUAAGAAAGACUAAAAGUUCUAUAAUUGAAGCUGGUGAUUAUUAAAAAGAAUAAAAAUAAUAAGAAUUUGAUUAUGAAAUAAAAGUGAUUAUUAUUGGAACAGAAAUUAGAAAUACAAAAUCAAAUCCUUAUACAGUUUAUGUUGUAUAAAUAUACAUUUCAGAAUAUCAAACUAAGAUUUUUGUAAGAUAUAGUUAAAUUGUUUCUUUAUAAUCAAUUGUAAAUAAAUUUGAUUCAACUUUAAAAGUACCAGUAUUUACAACAUUAAAUUGGUUUCAUUCAAUUGAUUCAAAAGUAAUAGAAGAAAGAAAAUUAUUAAUUGAAAAAUUCUUAUCAUCUGUGUUGAAUUCUACUAAAUGUUAAAAUUCUAUUGAAUAUUAAAAAUAGAUUUUAGAAUUAUUAAGUUUGAAUUAGGAUUUCUUUUAGAUUCCUAAAAAAAAGAAUAUGGCUUCUUAAAUUAAAACAGGAGAGGAAGACAUGAUGAAAAUGAUAUUAUAGAGUUAAUUUUCUAAUGGUAUUAAACCUAAUCUACUUUAAUCAAUGAUAAUGAAUAGACAAUCAACAAAUAUACUAUAAGCAGCAAAAGCAUAAGCAUAGAGAUCAAGUCUAAUGAAUAUGGAAUAAGAUAAAUCAGUAGUAAUUGGAUAGAAUGCUACAAAAUCACCAUAUUUUAUAGAUGUAAGUCUAAUGGAUGGUAGAACAAUUGCAGUUGGAUUUUAAAAGUAAACCUUAACAUUAUUUAUUAAAAAUGAAGUUGCAAAAGUUGUUGGAUUAAAAUAAUGGUUAGAUUUUAGAUUAUUUAUUGUUGAUUAAAAUAAAGAUUAAAGAGUUAUAGAUGAUGAUGAAACAAUGUCAUCAAUAUUAGAUGCUCAUACAAAUUAAAAUAAAGGUUUGAUGAAUGCAUUUAAAAAGUUAUUUACUUAUGAAUAAAAAUUCUAAUUUAUAUUUAGAAAAUAUUUCUAUUUAUCUUGGAAAUAAGAGGAAGCUGAUCUUAAAUAGGAUGAAUAAAGAUUAAGAUAUAUUGUAUAUGAUUUAAUUUGGGAAAUAAGAAAUGAAAAAUUUUAAUUUAAUUUCAAUGAAUAUUGUUUAAUAUCUGCAUUAUUCUACUAUUCUACAAAUACAAGUCAAGAUUAACUUUCAACACUUUUAACUAAAACAAUACCAAAGAUUAUUUUAAAAAGCAAAAAAGAAGAAGUUUGGCUUAAAGAAGUUGUUAAUAAUAUCAAUAAUUUAUAAUAAUAAUUAAAAUAAGUUUAAAAAGAGAAUUAAUCAUAAAUUAAUAAAAAUAAAAAAUUAAAUACUUCUAUAUCAGGAUUAGCAUAAUUAAUGAUUAUGAAUUUCUUUAAAAAUAAUUUGCUUUUUGGAAUGUCAUCAUUUUUUGUUGAAUGUGAUAAAGGGACUAUACAAUUAAUUUAAAAACAUUUUAAUCUUAAAAUUAAGAGUAAUAUCUUUAUUGGAUUAAAUUAUAAUGGAUUUCAUAUUUUGAAACCAGAAAAUAAGGCAUUAAUAUUUACAUGUCAUUAUUAAAAGUUAUCCGAGAUGAAGGCUUGUACAACAGAAUUUUGUUGUACUAUUGACAAGGCUAAAUUAACCUUUAAAACUUAAUUUCCUUUUGAAGUAAAUUAUUUAAUUUAUUUUAUUAGAUAAAAUCAUUGAUAUAGGAGUAUUUAUAAUUAUAAGAAUUCACAAAAUAAUUAACUUAUGGUAUCAACUGA